CCCACCCUCACCCCUUCCAACAGAAAGAAAGAAAACCUGUUCUCCCGCCUGAGACUAAAGAGGCAAAGUGACUCCAGCCCUGCAAAGGCAAAUAGGACUCCAUCCUCCCCUCCUGAUGGACCUCCUGCCGCCGGCACAGAGCCCAAGACCACCAACCAUGAGGAACCAGCUGCUGCCGCCUCGGUCUUUGUAGACACUCCAUCUGUGGUUGUGUCAAAAUCACCUUCUCAGCUGAGGAAAGGCCCUCCGGUUCCGCCACCACCAAAACAUACGCCCUCCAAGGACAUCCAGCAGGAGAAUAUCAUCGCUCUGUUUGAUGACAGUUUUGUGCCCGAGAUAAGUGUGACCACUCCCUCACAGGGCUGCAAGCCCGAACAGUAUCCAACUGGGGGCUUGGACCAGGACGAUUACAGUGCUGAUGCCACUUUUGUAGUAGACUGGUCCAGUCAGCCUAGUGAGUUUGACCAACCUUCAGAACCUGCUCCGGACACAACAUCUAAAAAUGAAGCUGAGGUCAAACCGGCCCCUGAGGAGAAAGACUCUAAUCAGUCCAGUUCUCUACCAGCUGUGGUCGUAGAGACUAUCUCUGCUACCGUGAAUGGUACUGUAGAGAGCACCCCUCCGAAGACCAUGCCUCCGGGAUUCCUGUAUAAGGUUCGGGCCCAACAUGACUACGGAUCAACUGACAAUGAUGAGCUAAACUUGAAGUCUGGAGAAAUUGUUCUAGUAACUCAGUUUGAAAACCCAGAGGAACAGGAUGAAGGUUGGCUGAUGGGAAUUAAGGAGAGCGACUGGCUUCAGAACAAGGAUUUUGAUCAACACAAAGGAGUCUUCCCAGAAAACUUUACAGAGAAAUACCAGUGAGGGAGGCCCUUUACCUCGGGGAUAUAUUGCAAAUUUUCUGUGAAAAUUAUCAAACCACAUCUACCCUAUGAACAAUUAACCCUACAAGUGUCAACUUAAAGGUUCAGUUCAAUAAUAGGCACAAGUAUAGUCAAUAGAUACCGUUCCUGGAAUGCUAAACAGUGUGUGUUUGUGCCCCAUUUCCACAAGCGGACGAGAUUAGGUCGAUCGUUAGUCUGUUACAGGUUGAUUGGUUUCCGGAGGGUCCCCAUGUUUUUGGAUGCUAUUUAAAACAAAACAAAAAAGCCAAAUUAAAAAAAUAAACAAGUAGAGCCUAAAUUGUAUAGGGUGUACCUAUUACGGUGGAGCUGGCCGAUGUGUGUCCGACUGUCUACUAGUGAUGUCACCAGUGAGUUUAUAGGCGUGCUCUCAUCCAAUAUGGCUACCCCCACUGUGCAUCGCUAGAUUCAGAGGUAUUGUGGAAUGGUCAUUUACUUUGGAUAUAGCGUGCCAUCCAUUAGUAUCAUGCUCGGGAUAACAAAUACGAACCUCGUAACAUUAUUAUAUCUGCAUAAUCAUUAUAAAAUCUGUGUCACCAUAGCAACAAUGACGCUCACUGGUAACUGGACAAGACAUAAUGAUGGCGACGCUUGCGCUGUACUGUGGUUGCCUCCACCUGUGUCUGCUCAUGCACUCUCCACUGCACUACUAAACCCAUAAAAUAUUUGGACAGCUCUGCAUCAGAUUAUAGGGCGUGAUUAUGAAUGUGGGUGGUUUUUUUUAUAUACUGUGACGUACGCAGCUCAGGGCAGGAAAUUCCAUAAUUUAUGCAUCAUUUUUCUCAUCCUACUUUCCACAGUCCGGAUUAUUUGCCUCCUGACAUAUUUUUAAAACUCCAGAGCAGUAGACCUGGUAUAAUUAGUAGACUCUAUGUAGUGUUGGUUCCCAUCCUUCUCCACGUCUGGGUGACCACUAUGUCAGUACCAUGAAAUGGGAACAGAAGGUCCUGUCUGCUGUGCAGUAGACUGUCUCUCCAUGCCACAUAGACUUGUUUCUGUGCCUCCCAUAAGUCAAAAGGAAAAGUAAAAAAAAAAAUAUAUAUAUAUAUAUAUGAGAAAUAAAGUUCAGGGGUAAGAAGUAGUAUAUAUUGUGUUCUAUGUAGUGAGCGGGAGGCUUUCAGUAGCCUGGGCUCUGCGAUUCAACAUUUCAAAUUGUAUCAUUUUAAUGUUUUUAAAAGUUGCAAAAAUUAGGGCAAAAAAUCAGCAAGACCAUAUUUAUUAAAUCCUGUAAAAUGCGCAUAUUUGGUUGUGGGGCCGAGUUAUUCAAUAUGGUUCACAAUUCUCCAUAUCAUCGACUGCAUGAGAGUUUAUAUUUCUCACUGGGACCCAAUGUGAUACAUUCUGACGGGCACUUCAUGGUAUAGAAGCUGCAUGUUCCCACAUCUUGUACUUGAGGGUCCUAACCAAUGGCGACAUAGGAUCACGCCAUCUCCUUAUUCAGGGGCUUAGGAAGUCUAAAUUCUGGCAAUUUUCAUGGUAGUCUAUAUUUUUCUAUAUCAUCAUUGAGAAAAAAAAUUGUAUAAAAAAUAUUAAGAAUCCGUCCAGCCAUUCUCCUUGGUCCCCCCAGUGCUAUAUUGUUCUGUAUGAUACGUUUGAGAUUGGAACUCUCUUGUCUUGUGAUGUUUGUAAUUAAAAUAUAUCCAGUUGUGCUGUCACCAUGA